AUGAACUUCUUUUUAAAACCUCAGGAUAAUUUGAGCUCAGUGGUGACUAUAAAUCCUAAACCAGAGUUUGUCAUCAAAUCUAAAUUAGUGUCAACCAAGAACAGACCUAAAGAUUUGCCUGAACUACAAAUUGGCACUAAAGUAUUCAUUAACUUGUGUCAUGAUGAACAGGUACCACAACCAGAUAUAAAUUUUGAUCCAGCUAUCGUCUAUCCACUAAUAAUCAAUGAUCAAUGGGAAAUUCCUAUCAUUACGUCUUCUAUGAGACAGGAUACGGAUAAGAAAGGUGCAUUGUGUUAUGUCUGGGACUGUUGCAUUAAUACCAAGUGUGCUCAGUGGAUUCGUAAGGAAUAUCAAUUGAGAGAGAUUGUUGUAGAAUGGUGCUUGGAAUCGUGCGAUUUGGCUGAAUUACUCGAGAUCUCAAGAGAUGAUAUCAGUUUCCCCAAGAUGAAGAGCAAGGGACCAAUACUACCAUUAGAAAUGCUCUCAGAAGAAUUAAAUAACGACUACAAAAAGGAAAUGGCUAAGAUGGUGGAAGAAGGACGUGAUGAACCUGACAAUUUGAUUAAGAUGAGAAGAAGUCUAAUGGACGAUGAAGAGAAGGCAGCCUUAGAAGAAAAAGAACUGCCGCCUCUGUUCCCUAUAAAUAACCACCCACCUGCAUCGAAUGCAGGUAAACCUCUAAUUGAAGAAAUCGAUGAGUUGUCGAUUAAUGAGAAGGGAUCCAAACCGCUAAGGGAAGUAAAUUAUAAAGUCGUUAUGGGCAAAGCGGAUAGUCCUCAUACACUUCGAAUUGAAGUAGUCUCAGAAUUGGAAUCUGGCACUGACUACGAUGUUACAUACGAUGCUAAGAACAAUGAACUAGUAGUGAAAAACAAUAAUUUGGAAAAAUUCAAGGAGAAAACUCUAAAUAUCCCUUUACCCAACAUUUUUGAUUCACCAGGCACAGUCGAAUCACGCAUGCAAUGCUUCUUCAUUAAAACCGAGAAAAAACUGUCUAUUAAGAUCUAA